AUGGGGAGGAGAAAGGUAGAAGCAAAGGCUCAAAUGGCAGUCGAGGCUCCGAAUAUGAAUUUUUUUCCCCAGUUCAUCCCCAACGGAGACUUUUCUUGUGUUCCUUUGGUCGAUACAAUGCAAGAGGUUGAUGUUUAUCAAACCUUUUGCAAAACUUCAAACAAUAAAGUCGACAGUGGCCUUACGUAUAACGUGAAUAUCCCGGUCUCGGCUCCAAGGAAAAGGCCAAGAGAUGCAUCGUUUGUCAAUUGCUUCGAUUCGUGCGCUGUUCCUCGAAAGAAUAAAUCUUUGGGUAUUUCUUCUGUUGUCGAUGAUGGUGUUUUCUGUCAGAUCCAACAACAGCAGCAUCAGGAAAUCAUCCAUUUGAUUGCCCAACAUAUAGAAAAAGUGAGGGUAGAACUCGAAGAAAAGAGGAAGAAACAGUCGAGAAUGUUGCUCACGGUGAUCCAAGACGGCAUUGUGAAGAAACUGAAGGAGAAAGAAGAGGAGAUUCAAAGAAUGGGGAAACUGAACUGGGUUCUUCAAGAAAGGGUUAAAAGCCUGUGUUUAAAGAACCAACUAUGGCGGGACUUGGCGCAGACGAACGAAGCCACAGCCAAUUCUCUACGCACCAAUUUAGAACAAGUCCUGGCUCAUGUCGGCGAGGAACGAAACGCCAACGACGGAGGCGUGGCGGAUUUGGUUGAUGAUGCGGAGCCAAGCUACGGAAGUUGCGAUGAAGGGUGGCGCAACGUGGUGGUGCUACUGCAACAAAGUACGCCAAAUAUCAGCAAAGCAAGAUCAAAGCCGUCAAAGUGA